AUAUAUAUAUCCAAUAAUAUAUUUUUUUCCCCUUUUUUCUCAAUGUUUAAAGUUAGUAUAUGUGUCUCUCUCUAGAGCAAGAGUGUGUGUUUUUUAGCUGAGUUCCACCGUGACUGUCAGUUUCUUCCCUUUCUCCUUCUUCUCUUCUUAUCCCCUCAUUUUCUCUCUCCUCCAUCUCUAUCUCCUAUUUUUUUCUUGGAGAAAAAAAACAUUUUUCCAACUGGGUUUUCAAUUUUAUCACCUAGGUUGUCAUUAAUUUCAUCUGGGUGUUUCGAUUUUCUUGUAUUUCAAUCAAAAUCGUGUGUUCUUCUCGUAUUAAAACCCUUUUGUUUGUUGUCGAUUUAGGUGCAGUUUUGAUGGAUGAUAUUCAAGGAAUGAUCAUUGAUGGUGUGUUAGUACAACAACAAUUGUUAUUGAUGAUGAAGAGUGUUAUUUGAAGUGUAGAAGAAGCAAAGGUCACUAUUGUUAUAAUAAUAAAGGAAAAAAAAAAGUAAUAUUAUUAUUAGUAGUAGUAGUAUAGUAGUUAGUAUAAUUAUAUUAUUUCAAAAGAGGCUGAGGUAGUAUUAGGGAAGAAUUCUUAAUUAGUUUUUAUAAUUGAUUAAAGUUUAGUUAGCUAUGAAUAAUAAUAAUAGUAGUAACAAAUCCCAAUUAAGCUCCAUUAGUAGCGCGAGCGAUCUCAUAGAUGCUAAGCUUGAGGAACAUCAGCUUUGUGGAUCGAAACAGUGCCCUGGUUGCGGUCAUAGACUCGAAGGAUCAAAACCGUUUCUUGAAAAUUAUUGGGGACAGGAUUGGGUAGGUCUACCAGCUGGUGUUAAAUUUGACCCAACAGACCAAGAGUUGAUAGAACAUCUUGAAGCAAAAGUGGAAGGAAAAUCAUCCAAAUCUCAUCCUUUAAUUGAUGAGUUUAUCCCUACUAUUGAAGGUGAAGAUGGUAUUUGUUACACUCAUCCUGAAAAACUCCCAGGAGUGACUAGAGAUGGAUUGAGUAGACAUUUCUUCCAUAGACCGUCGAAGGCCUACACCACCGGAACACGAAAACGAAGGAAAAUCCAAACUGAAUGCGACCUCCAAGGGGGCGAAACACGGUGGCAUAAAACUGGGAAAACAAGGCCAGUAAUGGUGAAUGGGAAGCAAAAGGGGUGUAAGAAGAUUCUAGUCCUAUACACAAACUUUGGCAAAAAUCGAAAACCCGAGAAAACAAAUUGGGUGAUGCAUCAAUAUCACUUGGGACAACAUGAAGAGGAAAAAGAAGGGGAGCUAGUAGUGUCCAAGAUAUUCUACCAAACACAACCUAGGCAAUGUAACUGGACAAUGGAACGUAGCGCGACAACCGGAGAUGGAAGUGAGCCUAGUGGAAGACGAGAGAGUGGAAGUGGGAGUGGAAGUACUUCUUCGUCUAAAGAAGUGAUUACACAUCAUGGUAGGGAUGAUCAAAUAUCUAUUUCUGCUGGUGUUAAUGUUGUUGGUGGUGCUGCCGCCGGGCUUUCGAGUUUUACUGCCUUGGAUAUGCAGCAAUUGAGAACUACUGCUGAACAAUUCAGCUUUAAUACAUUUGCUAAUAAUAGUAGAAAAGGCUUUGAUGAGGCGGGAAUGGGAGAUGCUUCAACAACAGUAAGGGAAAGUGCCGCCAUGUCGGCUGCAUGCGACGACCACGAGCCAAGGCCACAACAUCAUCAGCUUCAUCACCAUCCUCAUGCUAUGAAUGCUCCCCAAGAUCAUCACCAUCAUCAUACACACCAAUCCAUAGCAACCUCGGCUGCCUUUCACAUGAGUAGACCAUCACAUCCCAUUUCCCAAAUCAUCUCCCCUCCUCCCCUCCAUCAUGCUUCCAUUAUUCUUGAUGAUGACUCCUUCCACCAUGUAUCGCGAAUCAUGCUUCAAAAUGAAACUUUUCAUCAUCAGCAACAACAACAUCAGCAGCAGCAACAACAACAGCAGACAACACAACAACAACAACAACAUCAUAAACUUGGAGGAAGGUCUGCUGCUGGUUUAGAAGAAAUCAUCAUGGGCUGCACUUCUUCUGUUUCUGAUGGUGGUGAUAUCAAGGAAGAGUCUUCUAUGACAAAUCCACCAGCUGAAACAGAUUGGAUGAAGUACUCUUUCUGGCAUGAUGCUGACCAUUCAGAUCCUCAUCAUCAUCAUGGGUAAAACCCGAAAAAAAAUUUGAAAACAAAAAAAAAACCAAAAAAUGCAUACAAUUUAUUAUUUUUUUUGACAGGGAAAAAAAAAAACAAUUUUAUCAUCAUCAUAGUAUAUCCAAAGGCUUCGUCUAUUUUUUCUUUUAAACAGAAGCCAGAAACAUUUGAUCAGACGGUUUGACAGAAGACCUGCUCGAUCUAUAUACAAAGCAUAUACUUGUAUAUGUAUACAUAUGGCCUUGGUAAUACUUGUUUACUUUCUUUUUCAUGGGUGGAAUUCUGUGAUAGAUCAACAACAACUGAACUAACUGAUCCAACAACUGUCCCAUGUUGUAUAGAAUGAAAAAGAAGAAAGAAAAAAGGCUUCUUCUCUCAUACAAAGAAAAAGAAAGAAAGAAAGGCUGCUGGACGACUACUGACAAUUUAGAAGACCAAAAAGCACAUCAAAAUCAUCAACAAUAUGAUUACAAAAUCAUCUUUCUAAGAACUAUAAUUUUUUUAUUUUUUAUUUUAAUUUUGUGGUUUGUUGUAGCUAGGAGAGUAUAAUGUAUAAGUUUUUAUUUUAUUUUAUAUAGAAUUUAUUUCUCUUUUUCUAAAAGGAAAAAAAAAAAACAUGAAAAAUUCGCCAUUAAGAAUUUGUGCAAUUUGUCAUAGGAGCAAUUGUAUUUUUAUUUGUGCUAAUGUAUAGGUUUUCUCAUUUUAAAUUUUAGAAGGAUGUAAAUUAAGUUUCCAAUACAGAAAAGAAAUGUGUUUCAACAAUUAUCACAA